AUGAGCUGUAAUAACUGUCCAAAACCAAUUACGAAUGAAAUUUCAUUAGCCUCCACAUGUCCAGGUGCUUCUUUUUUUCUAUUUUUGACAAUUUUAGACUCUUUAAUUCGCCAACAAUGUGAUCUUGAGGAUCCCUGUAGACGAAUUAUACCACGUGAUCAUCCGAAAGAAAGUUAUGAUUUUAUUGUAAUUGGAGCUGGAAGUGGUGGCGCAACAGUUGCAUCAAGAUUAUCCGAAAAGAAAUGCUAUUCUAUUUUAUUAUUAGAAGCCGGAUUAGAUGAGAUAUCAUGGGUUCAGGUGCCAUCAUUUUUUCCUUUUUUUGUUGAUAAAAAACAAUAUUGGGAACAUAUUGGAGACGUUGAGAAAAAUGGAUGUCUCAAUUGGAUAAAUAAACAAUGCAUUUGGCCUGGGGGAAAGGUCCUCGGUGGGUCGAGUUCAAUUAAUGGAAUGAUGUACAUGAGAGGAUCUCGUAAAGAUUACAACGAUUGGGAGAAAUUAGGUAAUAAGGGUUGGUCCUACAAGGACGUACUUCCUUUUUUUAAAAAAAGUGAAAAUAAUUUGCAAAUGGACAAAGUUGAUUUCAAAUAUCAUGGACAAGAUGGUCCACUACCAGUGACACAAUUUAAUGAUCAACCUCCAAUUAGUUUUGAUAUUUUAAAGGCUGCCAAAGAAUUAGGUUACAAUACUAUUGAUUUAAAUGGAAAAUCACACACUGGUUGGGCAAUAGCUCAAACUACUUCGGGAUGGGGUUCGAGAUAUUCAUCAGCACGAGCAUUUUUACGACCAGCACGAAAUCGUCAAAAUCUUCAUAUUAUGAUUAACAGUACAGUUAGCAAAAUUUUAUUCGAUCGCAACAAAAAAGCAAUUGGAGUUGAAUUUUACAAAAAUGGAAAAUUAAUUCAAGUUAAAGUUAAUAAAGAAGUCAUUGUCAGUGCAGGCGCAGUAAAUUCACCACAAAUACUUUUAAACAGUGGUAUUGGACCAAGGGAAGAAUUAGAAGCAGUUAAAGUGCCAAUGGUACAUAAUCUUCCGGGUGUUGGUAAAAAUUUUCACGAUCAUGUUGGAUAUGUUUUGUUUCUUUCUAUUAAUGAGAAUGACGUGAAUGUACUGAAUUUGACUAACGCGUUGAAUUACUUACUUUUUAGAAAAGGACCACUAUCUUCAACAGGUCUUUUCCCAGUGACAGGAAUGAUAAAUACAAAAUAUGCAAAUCCUCAAGAAGAUCAUCCUGAUGUACACAUUAUAUUUGGAGGAUACACAUCAAUGUGUGCUCACAAUGUAACAUCAAGAAGAGAGAUAGGAACAUUAAUAAUGGCUCUACAUCCAAAAAGCAAGGGAUACGUUCGUUUGAGAAACAAUAAUCCCCUAUCGAGACCACAUCUUUCUGCUAAUUUUUUAUCACAUCCCAAUGACGCUAAUGUUCUAAUUGAGGGAAUUAAAUUUGUAAUCAAAUUAAUUGAAGCGCCAACUCUUAAAAAAUAUGAUAUUCAAUUAAACAAAACCCCAGUGAAAAAUUGUGAACGUUUCGCAUUUGGAAGUGAUGCCUAUUGGAAGUGUGCUGUAAAACACAAUACAGCACCGGGUGCACAUUUAGCUGGAUCUUGUAAAAUGGGACCAAAUACAGAUCCAAUGGCUGUUGUUGAUGAACAAUUAAAAGUUAAAGGUGUUAAGGGUGUUAGAAUCGCUGAUACCAGUAUAAUGCCAAAUGUUGUUUCUGGAAAUACUAAUGCUCCUGCUAUUAUGAUUGGUGAAAGAGCUGCUGAUUUUAUUAAAAAUAACUGGAAAAUCUGUUAGUAAUAUACCUGUUUUUUUUUUCUAAUAAAAAUUACACAGGACCAUAAAAAAAAAUCCAACAUUUUCAAAGACAAAACGGAAUAUGAUUUUCUCACGUAUUUUGAUGCGCUGAACACAAAUCUGAAGUCCGCAUUUUCUCCAUUACGUCAAGAUUUUUUUUAUAACCUCAAAAAACGUGUCUAAUCAAACGCAAGUAACUCAAAAAAAAAAUCAAAAUUCUUGUUAGCUUGGGUUCUGGGGGUUUUUGAAAUCGCUGAAAACGAAAUUGAUCUGAUUUUCAAAAUUCAAAAUGGCGAAUGCAAUAUGGCGGUCAGUUUUGAAAAAAAGUUAUUAGACUUUUAUGCAAAUCCGAUGUCAGAUUUUCAAAAUUCAAAAUGGCGGAUUCAAUAUGGCGGACAAGUUUUUCAAAAAAUUACUAAAUUUUCUUGCAAUUAAGUAUCUAGGGGAUUUUGGGGUCGCUUCUCACGAAUUCGAUGUCAGAAUUUAAAUAUUCAAAAUGGCGGAAGCAAUAUGAAGGACUAUUUAAAAAAAAAAAAAAAUUUCCCCUAGGUACAGAUUUGCAUGAAAAUCUAAUAACUUUUUUUAAAAUAAUCCUCCAUAUUGCAUGCGCCAUUUUGAAUUUUUAAAAUCUGACAUCGGAUUCGUGAUUAACGACCCUAAAAACCCCUAGAUACUGAUUUGUAAAAAAAUAUAGUAAUUUUUUUAAAAAAAUUGUCCGCCAUUUUGCAUCCGCCAUUUUGAAUUUUGAAAAUCAGAACAAAUUCGUAAUCAGCGAUCCUAUAAAAACCCCUAGAACCGAAACCGACAAGAAUUUUUAGUUACUUGUUUGAUUUAGACACGUUUUUUGAGAUUAGAAAAAAAAGGUCCUAACGUAUUGGAGCAAAUCGAACUUCAAAUUCGUGUUCAUCACAUCAAAAUAUCUUAAAAAAUUAUAUUGCGGUUCGAGAAUUUUUCCCUCAAAUUGUAAACGUAGAUAUUCCGAUUAAGGCGAUUAUAUAAAUAUAUAUUCCGUCACAAGAAACAUAAUUUCUAUAGGAGAAUUUCUGAAAUAUUAUAAAAUAGUUGUAGACCAAAAAGUUUUAGUUAACAAAAUCAAAACCUUUUUUUAUUCAAUUAGAAGAAAUCACUAGGUAUAGUCAGUAUGGCAAUU